AGCCGUCGCCCAAUAGCCAACUUGGGUGGGAGAGUGACAGGCCGGGGCGCCAAUGGAGUGACGGGGGCGGUGGGGAGGAGGCAACCGGCAGCCGAAGCGGUCUGGGCGGCGCGGUGUGUGGCGGUGCAUCUCGAUGGGCGCCGUUGUCAAGGCAGGAACCGGCGGCGGGAAGGCCCGGGUGCGCCUGACGGGAGAGCGUCGCCUCCGCGAUUGAGGCUAAGUUAGACUUGAACAAGAGAUUUGCUUAGAAGAUUCCUGAGUUUCUAGUAUUUAGGACUAAGUGCCACAUCUCACAGAUUUCAAGAUGAGCUCCUUAAUAAUGGAAACCCCUGAGCUGCCGGCAGUGUUUGACGGGGUGAAGUUAGCUGCUGUAGCUGCUGUCCUGUACAUUAUUGUCCGUUGCCUGAAUCUGAAGAGUCCAACUGCCUCUCCUGAUCUCAUAUACCAAGACACCCCUUUGGCCCGCUUCCUACUCAAGUCAUGCCCUCUUCUAACCAAAGAGUACAUUCCACCUCUGAUUUGGGGGAAAAGUGGUCACAUCCAGACUGCGCUUUAUGGGAAGAUGGGGAGAGUAAGAUCACCGCAUCCUUACGGACUUCGCAAGUACAUCACAAUGCCAGAUGGUGCAACAGCAACUUUUGACCUCUUUGAACCACUAGCUGAACAUUGCAUUAGAGAAGAUAUCACAAUGGUAAUCUGCCCUGGAAUAGCUAAUCACAGUGAGAAGCAGUACAUCCGCACCUUUGUUGACUAUGCCCAGAAGAACGGUUAUCGAUGUGCCGUGUUAAACCAUCUUGGAGCUCUUCCGAACAUUGAGCUGACUUCACCACGCAUGUUCACUUAUGGUUGCACCUGGGAAUUUGGAUCCAUGGUAAGCUACAUCCGGAAGACAUACCCCCAGACCAAGCUGGUCGUUGUGGGCUUCAGCUUGGGUGGGAAUAUAGUGUGCAAAUAUCUUGGGGAGAACCAGGCUAACCAGGAGUGCGUGCUGUGCUGUGUCAGCGUGUGUCAAGGCUACAGUGCAUUAAGGGCACAAGAAACCUUCAUGCAGUGGGAUCAGUGUCGAAGACUUUACAACUUCCUCAUGGCAGAUAAUAUGAAGAAAAUAAUCUUGUCUCAUAGACAAACUUUGUUUGCUGAUGGCCCUAAAAGCCCACAAAAUUUAAUAGAUUCAGACCUGAACAGACUUCACACAGCAACGUCUCUCAUGCAGAUUGAUGACAACAUCAUGAGGAAGUUCCAUGGCUACAAUACCUUAAAGGAAUAUUAUGAACAGGAGAGCUGUCUGCAUUACUUGCACAGAAUCUAUGUUCCACUCUUGUUGGUGAAUGCUGCUGAUGACCCUCUGGUACACGAUAGUCUCUUAUCAAUCCCAAGAGCCCUCUCAGAAAAGCGGGAGAAUGUCAUGUUUGUUUUGCCGUUGCACGGAGGCCACCUGGGUUUCUUUGAGGGCGCAGUACUCUUUCCCGAGCCCCUCACCUGGAUGGAUAAGCUUGUGGUGCAAUACGCCAACGCCAUCUGCCAGUGGGAGAAGAACAAAUCUCAGUGCUCCGACACAGAACAGUCAUCUGGCCAAGAAUAAAUGAUCCCAAAGAGGCUUCAGGCUCUGUCACCUUAAUCCUCCUCUUCUGGAAAUCUUUCCUUCUUCCCCUUCUUUUCCAGGCCUGACUUCUUCAGCAUUUUGACCUUUGGCACUGGACCACUGUGGUUCAUACCAAAGCGGAGUUUGCUACGCAAGGAGUCGAUGCCUGGCUUUGAGCAACUUGAGAGUUUGUCUGAAUGUUUGUGGCGCUCUCAUGCAUUGAGAGAACUGAUUCGCUCUGUGGGUGGAUUGCUGUCCGUAGCUUGCUUCAAGAUUCUGAAUACCUUCAAUGACAGAAUCCUAAUGAAAGUGACAAGCGGUACCAGUACUCUUGGCUCUCUGCUCACUCUUUCUCUGAUGAAGAAACAAUCUAGAAAUAACCUUAUCUGGUUUUCUGCAAAACUUGUAUAUCUGUCAGCAGUGUGAGUUAUGAGUGCCAUUCUCUUUGUCCUUGCGUUUCCCCUUGCAGUAAGAGGGGCGUUUAUAUCAUUCAUAGAAGAAAUCAGCGGCUUUCUUCUGCAAGUAAUCGGUGACCACAAAACAUGGGAAAGGAUACGGAGUCUUGACAAAGGCUGUUGCCCUUUGUGAUAAACGCACUGCUGAGGUUUAGAUUGCAUUGGAAAUGUUUGGAGUGCUGUCUGCACUUGAGUUGCUCCAGGGUUUUGGAUCAACGGCAUUGAGUCACACGUUUUGUCUUUUAUGUUCGGAUUUCACACCUAGAUUGUUCUGGAUUCCUCAGUCCCUUUUCUGUUACCUCUUGGGACUAAACAAGUAGCCUUGUGAUACUUUGCCUUUUCUAAUGUAAGGAAUUUUACUUUGGCACAAGACUUUGUGUGCUCUUAAACCCAGGCCUUUUAACACAGUCUGUGAAUGGAAGGGAGUUGCUAUCAGCCUGUGGAUCUUUUGUUUCCAUUUUUCUUUCAAGAAACUCGAUAGCAAAUCAGUGUAUGUGCCCAUAGGAGCAGAGAAAGUAAAACAAAUGAGUUCCCAAACUUUUAUUUUCAGGCACCCGUUCUUCCCUUAAGAAUAUUGGGGUUUUGGUGUCAACGAUGUUGAACAGCUAGAAAUAUUUCUGUAUUAGCUGCCUCUGCUGUUUGUGGGUUCCAUAGGACACUGCUAUGAGUCGGCUUGUCCUCAUUGUAUUUCAGCAGGAGGACAUUGGUAGGAUAUUGUGAAUGUUAUAUUAGGAAGGGAUGCAGUGAAGAAGCAGCCUCAUUUUCCUGAAAGAAAACUUAUCAAAGGAAUUGUAACUAAGAGAAUUUUGAACAUCUAAUUGUGAGAUGAUUUUAUUGAGACCAUGGAAGUCUUAGGUUAGACUCUGCUUCUCUUUCCCAUCCCUCCUUAUGGCUCCAUUCCUCAAUUCUCUGUCGCAGCAGUUCUCUCCUCAGAAGCCCCUCUGUCAUUUAGCACUUUAUUAUUUUGAACUUUGGUUUUGCUACCUAGGCACUUUAGUUUACAGUGCCCGUUUGCCUGUUUGCUGUCCAUGGGCAUGAAGCCUUGGGUUCUCUGCGGAGCAUCUUGGACCAGCUUUGACGUUAGAGAGAUGUCCCUUGUGUUUGGGAGGGCAGCUGUUUUUCUUUAAGUGAGCAAUAAUUAGGUUCUUUUUUCAAAGGUGCAUUCCUCACAUCAGGGUUUCAGAUUUCUUCAGCCUUAUUUGUCCUCUUGGCAGACGGUGUGACCUAAACACCGAUUUCCUAGGGAGAGGUGGCAGGCUCUACUUCUCCUUCAGACAGAACGAACGGACCAAGCUGAAAGAUGCUUGGUUUGUCCAGUGUGCUUAAGGCUUUCUUUCUCCGUCCCUCCCAAAAUGUAGGCUUUUGUGUUGUAUCUCAACUUAUUCUGUGUUGUCUUUGGACAUUUCCUGCAUAUCCAUAAAUGAUCAGAUCCCUAUAUAAGGAUCCUAAAAAUGUUGUGUGGAGCUGAAGUAGUGAUCUGUGAUGGUUAGGGAAUACUAAGUAUUUCUUUUCCGCUUGAGCAGAAUAGGUGUUUAAAGUAAAUUGGUUUGUUACAGUAUAAAAAACACGAGUUAAUGGAGCUUAUUUAUUCCCAGUGGGCUUUACAAAGUGAUUUGAAAGGGAGUCUGCUAUUGGCUCCUUUCGUGUCAAUAUCAAAGAUAGUAGUUUAGCCUCCUCCAGAGUAUAAAGCUUUUACUUUUAGCAGCCAACAAGACCUGUUGCUGAGAGCCACCUUCCUCCUCAGUCUCACUUUUCAAAGAGAGCAGAAAGAAAAUGGCAUUUACUUCUGCAUAAGAAAUAUCUUCCUUGGUUGCAGUGGAAUUGAACAAAUUCUCACCUGAGAAGACAAACAGGAUUCUUUGCAACUCAAGGCUUUGCCUACCCUUUCCCUGCUGAAGGACAGCAUGAAGGUCUGUUCAGAAGCACUCCUAUGGUCCAUUGGGUUUCGGUGCACAUAAGAAAAGCCACAUAUCCCUGCCUUUUGUGGCAUUUUUAAACUCAGGGAUGAUUAUCGCUAUGCCUCUAUCUAGCCUUUUCAAAGAGGAACUUGUGGUUUUAAACGCUUUUGAAUAGAAGACAAAUGCAACAAAUCUCUCUGAGGUUGUGUUCAUGUUUAAAAGGAAGUUUUGUCUAGAUAACAUAUGAAACAAAGAGAGGGUCCAAAUUCUCACUCGCUGGAUUGCAUCCCAGACUAGACAAGGAGAAAAGGAAAGUAGGCAGCUUACCUGGAAAACUGAGGAUCUGCUGUUAGUUGGACACCAAGUAAAACUACAUAAAACAAUAAAGUGAAAAGACCCGGUGUAGGGAAAAGAAGAGGAUGGUAAUCACUUGAGAAGCACAAAUCAAACCUUUUUAUUUUUGAAAAGUAAAAUAGACAUGAUUCUAAAUCACUGGUAAUUCCCAAUGAGAUCCAAUUGUUGCUGCUACUCAUCAUCUUGCUGAAAGAGAUUGAAAAAGAAAAUUUACACUGGUUGAAAUACUUAUUUUGCCCCAAACUUUUUUUGGGGGGGGAGGGGUGUAUAAAUUGGACCUGACACUGUUUUUCCUCUGGGAAGACAAUAGUGAUGAGAUUUAUUUUCCGGGGACAAAAUUCUUCUUAGGCAUAACUUACUUGUUAUGGUUCCUGUCUGAAGGCCAUUUCUAAUAGCAUGUAGCAGCUCAACUUGACUUAUUAAUGGGAGGUGAACACUGCCUAAUGUUUCCUUGGGUGAAAUCCUUGCAUCCAAAUCAUUGGUACUCAAAGAUGUUGGUUUAGAUCUAAACAAAUUGUGGGCGUCUACCUGCUGUUGAAGUUUGACUCCAAUUUGCAACUCCAUGGUCUCUCAUCAAACUAUAUUGGCUAGAAUCGAUAGGAGUUGCCAUCUAACUAUAUUAUAAGAGCCACAUGUUCUCCACUCCUUAUCUGGAAGCAAUCAUGUUUACAAUUCUGUACCAUACAUGUGGCAAAUACAUUUUGUUUAAAAAAACAUGUUUGAUCCUUUUUCUCUUGGCGGAUGUGCUCCUACUGUCAGCCACAGUCAUCUCCAAAGGACAUGCAGAUGGAUGUUAAUAGUUUUCCUUGAAUUUUACUGUUUUGCCAGUGUAAGGUCAAUUUUGUCGGUCUUCGUUUGGGGUUACUUCUGGCUUCCUGAGACUUUUAUCAUAUAGAACAUGCCUCUAUAGGGAGACGCACAAAGAGGCUCCAGUUUUUUGUUUUAGUCAGCUAGCAGCUACAGCAGCAGUAACUAGGAAGACGUUUGGAAGUGUCUUAAGUCGCAUCUCCUCUUUGCCUGUUUCUAUUGGCAGUUUCCCUCUGGGGUCUUAGUGCAUAUCAGGUCCACUUAUUGCAGCUGGAAACAAUGAAGGUAAAAGGGUGAGUGUGGAAUUGAGGGUCAUUUGCUCAAAGAGCAAGGCUCAAUUCAGAUGUGGGGAUGCUCUAAAGUGCUCCUGGAAUUUGUGGCCUUUGUAAACAUCCUGUUGUGCUGUCUACAGACGUUCCUCUCUUGAAUUAUUUUCUUAAAGUCUGCUUUUCUCUCAAAAGGGUCUUUGUCACGGACGCAUUGCGAAAUGAAAUGAAAUGAUCUGGGUGGGAAAAUUGUGUCUUUUUGAUUAUCAGUAACUGUACUGUAUCAUCUUUAAAGUAUGCCAUGUUUUGUUCGUUUUUUGCUGGUUACACGAAAGGGCACAACCAUGAAAGGGCAGCAUUUGCUAAGCUGGAACUGAGAAUUGGCUCCUCUCCUUUCAGCUUUUCCCCCCUUUUCCUCCUCAUUUUUGGCAAAUGGGAGCGAGUCUCCCUAUUUUUCCUUCCAGGCAGGAAUCCUCCGUUCUUGGGACCACCAUGCAUUCUUCUAGGACAACCCAUUGCCUCCUGAGCGAUGGCUCUUGCCAUUCAGCAUCAAUACUCUUGUGCCAGUAGCAAGAUAUGCUUUUUGCUAUGUGCAUUAAUGUCUCUGCAGAAAGCCUUGCCACUAUGGAAGGAAGUUCCACUUCAUAUCAGAGAAAUUACAGAAGCAAUGCCUGUUCAAGCAUUAACACUGAUUCAAGCGACUCUUUUGAAUCAGAAACCUAAAGCACCUAAAGCUGGCAUCUGGGUUGAUCCACGGUUGUGUUCAGUCCCCUUGAAUCUAUGCCCGCCCAAGCUGAUUUCAUCACAGCUGUCUUUAGUAGUCAGUGCAUAGAUUCAUUCUAGACAGUCUCUCUUCUCAUUUCAGAAAGCACAACUUUUCAAAAGAGAGGUUCGUUUUUUCUUCUGGACUUAACUAACCAGAGGGAUAUCUCCAAACACCUCAGGAAGCUCGACCUGUACCUGUGCACUCUUUGAUUUCUGUCACUGCAGCUGCCUUAUCAGAGUGAGAGGAGUGUGAGGCUUUUUUGUGUUUGUUCCUUGCUUUAAAAAAAAAGUCUACUUUGGCAAUUUUUUGCUUCCAAACAGACUUUUUGGAAACCGCCACUUCCACAUUCCUAAUUCCUUUGGAAACAAAAAAAAAUGCUGCCCUGAAAAGGUUUCAUGUCUGCGAGCGACUCUCGUUGCCGCUGGCUCCUUGUCGGAUUCUUCAGGGCCAGUUGUUUUUGGGAUGGAGAUUUGCAACUAGCAAUGCAAUUUUUCUAAAUAUGCUUAAGGUUUCGAGUUUUUCAAAAAAGCGUGUCCUUGAUAUUUUUUUUUCUUUUUUGUGUUCUGUGUGUGCUAAACGGAGGUCAUUGCGGAAUAGAGUAAUUUUGUUACAUUUGAUUCAAUGGAUUUCUUUGCUUAAAAAAAAUAAAGACCUUACUGAGUUCAUAACAA